AUGACUGCUGAAAAGAUACGUCCCAAUUUUUUAUUGAUUGUUGCUGAUGAUUUAGGCUUCACUGAUAUUUCACCAUUUGGAGGUGAGAUAGAUACACCAAACCUUGCAAAGCUAGCUAGAAUUGGUCAAAGCUUUACAGAUUUUCAUACUGCUCCAGCAUGUUCUCCCACUCGUUCAAUGUUAUUAAGUGGUACUGAUAACCAUAUUGCCGGUGUUGGCCAAAUGGCAGAGGCUCUAAGAACUUUCAAUGAAGAUUUGAAAGACCAGCCAGGCUACGAAGGGGUUUUGAAUCAAAGAGUUGCUGCUUUAUCAGAGAUUUUGAAAGAUGAAGGUUAUUACACCACUAUAUCUGGUAAAUGGCAUCUAGGUUUAACUGAAGAAUCAUCACCAUCUGCUAGAGGGUUUGAAAAAGUGAAUGCCUUAUUACCAGGAGGAUCUAAUCACUUCAAAUAUUUCCCCUUAGAUCCCCAAGGUGAAACCCCAAAUAAUUUCUUGCCCCCAUUGUUUGAAAGGGAUGGUAAAUUUUUCCACGCUGGGAAAGCCAAAGAUCAAAUUCCGGAUGACUAUUAUAGUACUAAGUACUUUACUGAUAAUUUGCUUGAUCAAUUGAAGUCAAAAGAUCGUGAUGGUAGACCUUUUUUCAGUUUGUUGACUUACACUGCACCUCAUUGGCCAUUACAAGCACCAGAAGAAUUUAUUGCUAAAUAUAAGGGAGUCUAUGACAAAGGCCCUGCACAAUUAAGGUUGGAUCGUUUGAAGAGAGCUGCUGAAUUGGGAAUAAUUGAUAAGGAUACAAUUCCACAUGAUGUUAAGAUCAAGUACCAACGUUGGGAAACAUUAAGCGAGGAGAACAAAAGAAGAGAAGUUAAGAUUAUGGAAGUCUAUGCUGCGAUGGUUGAUUAUUUGGAUAAACAAAUCGGUAGAGUGCUGGAUGAACUGGAAGCAUCUGGUGAGAUUGAUAAUACUUUUAUUGUAUUUAUGUCAGAUAAUGGGGCAGAAGGUGCUAUAUGGGAAGCAUUUCCAAUGAAAACAAAAAUUGUCUCAAUGGUUACUUCAAAUUAUUAUAACAAUGACUUUGAUAAUAUUGGUAAAAAAGAUUCAUUUGUUUAUUACUCAGAUGAGUGGGCUCAGGCUGCUACCGCACCAAAUUUUCUGUACAAAUUCUACUCAACGGAAGGCGGUAUCAAUUGUCCAUUUAUUGUUUCGUAUCCAGAGUUAAUUAAUGCAGAAAGAAAGAAUGCAGGCGUCAUUUCAAAUUCAUUUUUGACUGUCAUGGAUAUUUUACCAACCGUUUUAAGAUUGGCUGAUGUGAAACAUCCCGGUAAAUCGUUCCAUGGAAGAGCUGUUGUGGAACCAAUAGGUAAAGAUUUCACAAGUGUUUUCUUUGAUCCAAAACAUGAGAUUCAUACUUAUGAAGAUUCCAAGGCAAUCGGAUGGGAAUUGAUGGCUAACAGAGCCAUUAGAAGAGGUGAUUAUAAAUUAAACUGUGUACCUGCACCUUAUGGUAGUGGUGAAUGGGAAUUAUUCAAUGUUAAAAAGGAUCCUGGAGAGACUAAAAAUUUGUCUGAAGAAUUACCAGAAAUUUAUGAACAGUUAAUUCAUGAUUGGGCUGUUUACGUUGCUGAAACUGGGUUGGUCGAGGUUACUACAAAAGCCAGCUUUAGCGAGGCAUAUGACGAGCUUGAGAAGGUUUUGCCUCGAGUUAGAAUUUAG